AUGAGCAUUGCGCUUAAACUCACGGAUAAGAAAGAGAUGUCGCAGGCAGAGAUUGUUACCGUGUCUUCUUCAAGACUGAGGAAAGAUCUGGCUGAAGAUGGCAGUUGCAAGCAUACCUUUGCCCAUUCCCAUCUAAAAUGGAUUAUACUGGGGAUCUUUGACUAUGUCUGGUGGAAAGGGUGGGAUUUACGCUUUACUGAGCCACUGCUCAAUAUAAAUUUACCUGCUGUCCCACUACAGGCCACCCACCCUGUCAAGACCAGCCUGGAUUACUACAGGAAUGACAGCGCAGGGCUGUCCCUGUAUGGAGACCUGGUGAACAGCACAGACUUCGUGUGCGACAAGAGGCAGGUCAGGCAGUUUGCUCGAGCCUUCCUGCCAGUGUUUUUCUGGCUCAUCUUCUCUGUGGGCACGGUGGGAAAUGCCUUGGUCGUGCUCGUCUAUUGCAAAUACCGCUUCAGGAGGAGCAUGACGGAUCGGUACCUGCUGCACCUGGCCAUUGCGGACCUGCUCCUUCUCUUCACCCUUCCUUUCUGGGCUAAGGCUGCCUCUGACGGCUGGAUCUUCAGGAACUUCAUGUGCAAAGUCGUCAACAGCAUGUAUAAGAUCAACUUCUAUGGCUGCAGCUUGUUCCUAACCUGCAUCAGCUUUGACAGGUACAUCACUAUUGUCCAGGCAACGAAAGCUAAGACUUCUAAGCGAAGGCGGCUCCUGCGCAGUAAACUCAUAUGCUUGGCCGUCUGGCUGAUGUCCAUGAGCCUGUGCAUCCCAGAAAUCAUGUACAGCCAAAGCACACGGGUAGGUGACGUAACAGUUUGCAAAAUUACGUACCCGCCAAACGUCAGCAUGAUCUUCAGGGUUACUGUCCUGGCCUUGAAAGUCACUAUCGGAUUCUUCCUCCCACUCGUUGUCAUGGUUAUUUGUUAUGCCCUUAUCAUCAACACCCUCCUGCAAGCCAAAAGAUCCCAAAAGCAGAAGUCCCUGAAGAUCAUCACCAUGAUCAUCACCGCUUUCCUCCUCUCUCAGUUCCCAUACAAUGUUCUUUUGCUGGUCAAAGCCAUCAAUGCUUACACUGGGGUUGCGUACAGCUGUCAGGCUGCCGACCGGCUGGACAUUGGGCUGCAGGUCACCCAGAGUAUCGCCUUCCUCCACAGCUGCCUCAACCCCUUCCUUUACGUCUUUGCUGGGGAGCGGGUCAGGAUGGCGCUGGGCAGGGUGAUGCAGAGCGGUGGCUGCUGCCUCAGCGGGGGCCAAGAGCAGUUCUCCUCCGCCUGUGACAGCCAGGAGCACAGCUCAAACUGGUCCUUUGCCAUGCUGGGCAGACGGCGGGUGAGGAGCUCGCUGACCCUCAGCACCCAUUUGACCUCCUCGGUUAUGCCCCCUCCUUGCCAAGUCCUCUUGUAA